AUAACGGUUGGAAUGUUCAAAUCUUCGAAGCUAGUUUAGCUACUUUUGGCCUGGAGUGGAUACUGAGCUAAGAAAGCAACUGAAGAAGGAGCAAAGAAACCAAAAAAGGAGGUGAAGAGGAGCCUGGCUACGGAAUGACGGUGUUGCAGGAACCUGUCCAGGCUGCUGUCUGGCAUGCUCUGAACCACUACGCCUACCGAGAUGCAGUAUUCCUGGCAGAGAGACUCUAUGCUGAGGUCCAUUCAGAAGAAGCGCUCUUCCUGCUGGCUACGUGCUACUACCGUUCAGGGAAGGCGUAUAAGGCCUACCACCUCCUGAAAGGACACAGCUGCACCACGCCACAAUGCAAAUACCUCCUCGCCAAGUGCUGUGUGGAACUGAGCAAACAAGAAUUUUUGCCAUUUCAGGCCGUCAGUAGAAUCAGCCAAGUGGGGACGAAGUCAGUGUUUGCACAGAGUGGAAACAGCAGAGAGGUCAUUCCAAACCCUUUCAACCAAACUCAGACCACUGCCCCACAGACCAGUACUACACCGCAAGUGCUGAGCCCAACCAUUGCUGCUCCCCCAAAUGUGCAGCCACGGCGGAGCUCAAGACUCUUCACCAGUGCCAGCUCCACUGCCAAGGAGAACAGCAAGAAGCUGAAAAUGAAGUUCCCCACCAAGAUUCCUAACCGAAAGACCAAAACGAAAACGGGUAAGGGAGGAAUCACCCCAUCUAACCUGAAUGAGAGUAUCGAGAUCCUCAAGCUUGAUUCUUCCAUAUCAGAAGGAAAAGGCAACAUCAGCUCACCGCAGUUCCAGGCUUUUAAUCUACAAAAGGCUGCUGCAGAUGGGCUAAUGACGUUGAUGCGGGAUAUUGGGAGGGGCUAUCUUGCUCUCUGCUCUUACAACUGCAGAGAAGCCAUUAACAUCUUGAGUCAGCUGCCUUCACACCACUACAACACAGGCUGGGUGCUGGGUCAGAUCGGACGAGCUCACUUUGAAUUGGCUGAAUACAUGCAGGCGGAGAGGAUUUUCUCAGAAGUCCGGCGUAUUGAGAGCUAUCGAGUGGAAGGUAUGGAGAUCUAUUCCACAACACUCUGGCAUUUACAAAAGGAUGUGGCGCUUUCCGCCCUAUCUAAAGAUCUCACUGACAUGGACAAAAACUCACCAGAGCCCUGGUGUGUAGCUGGUAACUGUUUCAGCUUACAGCGGGAACAUGACAUAGCCAUUAAGUUCUUCACAAGGGCCAUCCAGGUGGACCCCAGCUUUGCAUACGCAUACACACUAUUAGGACAUGAACUAGUUCUCACAGAGGAGCUGGAGAAAGCCCUGGGCUGCUUCCGCAAUGCUAUACGCCUCAAUAAACGUCACUACAAUGCCUGGUACGGCUUGGGAAUGAUUUACUACAAGCAGGAGAAAUUUAACCUAGCCGAGAUUCAUUUCAAGAAGGCUUUGAGCAUCAAUCCUCAGAGCUCUGUGCUGCUUUGUCAUAUUGGAGUGGUUCAACAUGCUUUGAAGAAAUCAGACCAUGCACUGGAGACCCUCAACAGAGCCAUUAGCAUCGACCCCAAGAACCCGCUAUGCAAAUUCCAUAGGGCCUCUAUUCUCUUUGCCAAUGAAAAGUACAAGGCAGCUUUGCAGGAGCUUGAAGAACUGAAACAAAUAGUGCCCAAAGAGUCCCUUGUUUACUUCUUAAUAGGAAAGGUCUAUAAGAAGCUUGGCCAGACUCAUCUGGCACUAAUGAAUUUCUCUUGGGCCAUGGACUUGGACCCUAAAGGGGCCAAUAAUCAGAUCAAAGAGGCCAUAGAUAAGCGAUACCUCCCAGAUGAUGAUGAACCUGUCACUCCUGAUGACUAUCCCUACUACUCAACGGAGGUGGAGUCACAGGAGAGCAGUAUGACGGACGCUGAUGACACGCAGCUCCACACCACGGAGAGCGAUGAGGUUCUGUAGCCCCCGACACCACCCUGGACUUUGAAACAAUGCCAAUUUGGGGGCUACUUGAUGACUUCAGCUCUGGAAAAAGGAGGAAGAAGGAAAAAAAGGAAAACAAACUGCUGCUAAUAACAGUACCUCCUCAUUUCUGUCGUUUUAUUUUCAUCAUUCGUUCUUGCCUUUUUCCACCCCCUCGUCAUCAUGCCUUAAAGGUCUCUCAUCGGUCUGAUCUUCUGGUCCUGUCUCAUCCCUCAUCGUCUCUGGCAGGCGUCCCUUAUCGCAGACAGAAUUCAAGUUCUCCCUGAGCUCAAAUUGCCCAGAUUUGCCAAUGACUCCACUGUCUUCUCAACAAGUUAAUUGUCAGUUGAAGACUCAAAAAAGAGCCACAGACAUUCAUGGAUGUUCCUGUCUUAAUGCUUAGGCCUUUUAUGUUAUUUUAUCGGCAUUUACUCUGAAUAAAGACCUGUGUAAGAGUUGGUAGUCCUUUGAUUCCUCUCCCCUCCCUUUUUCGUCAAGGAACGUAUUUGCUGGGAGGAAAAAAAGCACUUUCUGCCCACAUCAAAAAAGCAUUUGGCAUGAUUUUCAACGUAAACUGCAUAUCUUCUAUCAGAUUACCAUCUGUUUAGAAGAACAAUGUUUUUGAACGUUAACUAGAAAGUACCAGUUCUGGAUUAUGCCGAUCUUUUUCCACCAGAUUUUAAAACUUGUGUGUGUGACUGAUGCUCAAGAAGCACUUAUGUUUAAAAAAAAAUGUUUUGUCUUAAUCUGAAAAAUGUGUCACUCUCACACUCAUCUGUUCCGCUCUUAUCUACCUUCAAAACAUCCAAAUCCAUGUUUUUUGCCCAGCUGCAAGACAUUGAUUAGAGCAUUGUUGAUUAAAUGAUAAGCAUAUAGGUGGGGUGGUUUACUUGACACACUUUCAUCUGUGUUUAGGAAACCAGACCACAGUGUCCAAAUUAACAGCACUAUUGUAUGGCACAGUGACCAGUGGUCAGACUUCUUGAGACAAUUUUCUGAAAUGUUGGUGCUGUUGAGGACAAUACUGAUGAACAUAGAAAAUGUGCACAAAGUGUCUUUCAUGGAUUUUAUUUUACCAGAACAUGUUUAUUAUAAAAUGUUUUUGAUCUCUGCUAAAUGCUUCGUAUUGUACAUUUUAAGGAAUUAAAAGU